CUCGUUUCGGGCUCCGCGCGGCCGCACUUCUUGGCUGCCUGCGACCCCAGGAUGCUGUGAGCCCCACGACGGCGUCCGCUGCCGCCGGCUCCCGUCCGAGGUGUGAAUGACAGAGGUGGUGCCGUCCAGCGCCCUCAGCGAGGUCAGCCUACGCCUCCUCUGCCAUGAUGACAUAGACACCGUGAAGCAUCUGUGUGGUGACUGGUUCCCCAUUGAGUACCCAGACUCAUGGUAUCGUGAUAUCACCUCCAACAAGAAGUUCUUUUCCCUCGCCGCGACCUACAGGGGUGCCAUCGUGGGAAUGAUAGUAGCUGAAAUAAAAAGUAGGACCAAGAUACACAAGGAAGACGGAGAUAUUCUAGCUUCCAACUUCUCUGUUGACACGCAGGUUGCGUACAUUUUAAGUCUGGGAGUAGUGAAGGAGUUCAGGAAGCACGGCAUCGGUUCCCUUUUACUUGAGAGUUUAAAGGAUCACAUAUCAACCACUGCCCAGGACCACUGCAAAGCCAUCUACCUGCACGUCCUCACCACCAACAACACAGCAAUAAACUUCUACGAAAACAGAGACUUUAAGCAACAUCACUAUCUCCCCUAUUACUACUCCAUCCGAGGGGUCCUCAAAGAUGGCUUCACCUAUGUCCUCUACAUCAACGGCGGCCACCCUCCCUGGACAAUCCUGGACUACAUUCAGCACCUGGGCUCCGCGCUAGCAAACCUGAGCCCCUGCUCCAUCCCGCACAGGAUCUACCGCCAGGCCCACAGCCUGCUCUGCAGCUUCCUGCCAUGGUCCGGCAUCUCCACCAAGGGUGGCAUUGAGUAUAGCCGGACCAUGUGACACCAGCCGGGCAGCUGACAUCAGGCCCCACCCUUCGGCACCCUGUAGAACCCGCCUUCCUGGCCAUCUGACUUCUGUUGUCUGCAUAGUUGCUGGUGGCCCCUUGCCUGGCCUGUCGGCCUGCCCCAGCUGCAGGCCCGGUGCUACGUGGGCUCGGAACAGAGCGUCGCAGGGCACACCUGGUCUGACAGGCUCUUCCAGCCCUCCUUCCUUUUCUGGUAACCUCCGGAAACCGCUGCCUCUGCCUGCGCCCUGGUCCUGCCUCUGGGAGUAUGCACCAGCCCCACUGGCCGGCUGGGGUGUGGCGGCAUUCACUGUGGUCUGUUUCUUCCUCUACCCCUUCCCCUCCACUGCCCGUUCCUUCUAGCUCCUUCCUCCAAAGCCGGAAUGAACUUUUGCUGGAAGGGAGGAACCCAAGUGUUAUGGACAGACCUCACCCUAAAGGCAGAGGAGCCUCAGAACAAUGAGGGGGUGAAAUAAAGGGAAUGCCAGAUCCUUAUCCAAAACCAGCCCACAGAAUCCUGGGGUGUGAGGAGAAGCCCCUGCCUCUCCGUGAGGGGCUGUCGCAUGGCGGGCAGAGCCCAGAGGCUUUUCACCCCAGCACAGAGCUCUGGGGCUUGGACCCUGACGUGGGAGGUCCAGUCCUCCAGUGGCCUCCUGCUGAGGGCUUCCUGCUGUCCUGGGGAGAAUGGAACUGCCCAUCAGAUGGCAGAGGUUGGCUCAGCUGAGCUGCCCCCGGGAGCUGGGCUGAGGACAGGUGCCAGUGAAGUGUCCGGGGGUUCCCUCCCCACCUCCCCAAGUCCAUGAGCUGCAACUCGAAGAUGCAGAUAGGAGGAAGCUGAGAGUGCUCUUGAUGGAGUGGGGCCCUGCCUUUGGGGUGGGGGGCUGUCACGUGCCAUGUGGCCCCUCAGUCCCCAGGGGCAGAGACAGGAGAGGCCGUCAGUGCCAGGAAGUGUGCGUGCGAACAUCACUUGCUUCUGGCGUCACCCUCACCCCCGUUCCCCAAAGCUGCUUGCUGUCUGCCCUGCCCUCCAGAGUAGAGGGCCGGGCGGCAGAGUCAUGCCCGGUGUUGCUGCGGUGUCUUGGAGCCAUGGCCACGGCGCGCCAACCUGAGGGCAGGAGGAGAAGGGGGAGCAACUGAGCCGGGGGCCGGAGUGACUGCCAUGCUUCCCUCCCUCAGAAUUGCCCAGCCUGGGGUCACCUCCACCCUCGGGGGGGGAAAGGUGUUCUCAAGAGGAGGAUGAGCCCUGGGCUGGAGGAACACUUUUCCUCCUUCGACUGCCUCCUGACUGGUGGUGCCUCUCGGGGAGAGGUCUGGGUCUCGCUGACCUGUCCCCACCUCUGCACUGACCUUGGCGUCAUAUUGAGGCCCAGCCUGAUGUUCUCUCUCAUCUGAAUCAUCGGUGAUUGUGUGAUUUUUAUUUCUGCCCCGAGGGGUAAGGAAGAGUCUUCUGGAAGGUUUUGCCUUGGACAUUCAUAAUUGAGCUCAGAGGCCUCGCCCUGCCUCUCCCUCCCUGCCCUCAAUCACUGCAGUGUCCAGCCUAGUGUUGAACAGAUUGUAGUGUUUGUCUCAUUACAAAUAAACAGACUUUAAUUGGUCA